UAAAUGAAUUUGGUUUAAUUAUAUCGCGUGUAUUACUCAAAUAGAACAUGGUGUCAGAAGUAAAAAAGUAAAGUUUGUUUGUGAAAAUAGUGUUUUCUGCGUCAUUGACAUCGCGAAAAAAAAAAACAAAUAAUCGAGACUUUCAAAAAGCGUCACGGGAAUAGUGAUUGUGGGAAAACGCAAAGUCGCAAUUAGUUCGCGACCAUUUUGUUUUCAGCAGUUAUUACGCAUCCUCAUUGAAAUGGAUAAUCAGCAGUUCCAACAACUUUUGGAUCAUCAAACCAGAAUGUUUGAAGAGCUUUUCCGUGGAAUAACAGCGACAGUGAAUCAACAAUCAAUAGCCGCUACCGUAUCGGCUAGUCGCCAGCCAUGCACUGCAAGCGUUUCGGUACCUCAGCCAUCGCCGCUUGCAUUAGAAGGAGAUAUGGAAGCCAAUUUCGAAUUUUUUGAAAAGAGUUGGAGAGACUACGAAAAAGCCAUUGGAAUGGACCGGUGGUCAGCUACAGAUGAUCCUCAAAAGUUCCAGACGCAAAGGCUCUACUACUCGGAAUUCAAUCUCUGUUUUGCAUGCGUAACACAUAUCAGUUUGCGCUCGUAGAAACGAUGACAGCUCACUUGAUGACGUAUGAACCGGCUUGACCCCAUGGAAAAUGGAACAACAGAUGAAAUCUCGAUGCAUUGUUUUACCUUUAGCAACAGAUGUUUCCUCUAGAUGGUUAAACAAUUGUCGAGAAUAAUCUUCCUUCAAUCCAUUUUGAUCUACAUAUAAUAAGAAUUGUUGAAUAAAUCUUUCCCGUGUCGAUCUAAGCUCAGAGAAAAAUUAAUAUGGCUCAUUAAAUAUGCUUUUUUCAUGAAACAGCUUACCAAAAGGUAUACAGUCC